UCUCAGAGUUGGAGAGUCGAGAGAAACCAAGCCCUAACUGCAGCUCAGCUCAGGCUCAGGGGAGGCAGAAGAAGAAGAUGUCGUCGACGCUACUGGAGGUGACGCGUGGCGCUCACGAGGAGGUGGAGCGCUUGGAGCGUCUGAUAGUGAAGGACUUACAGAACGAGCCGGCGAGCAGCAAGGAACGCUUGGCUCAGAGCCACCGUGUCCGCCUCAUGAUCGACACCGUCACCUCCACCACAGAAAGACUCAUUGAGAUCUAUGAGGAUAACGAUAAUGCGAGGAAGGACGAGAUUGCGGCUCUCGGAGGCCAAACUGCCACCGGCACCAAUGUGUUCAGUGCAUUCUAUGAUAGAUUGAAAGAGAUCCGCGAGUACCAUAGGAGACAUCCAGCUGCACUAGUUGUCGAUGCUAAUGAGGAACAUGAAGCCCUGCUCAAGGAGGAGCCUCAAGUAGAGUUCAGUGGAGAGGAAGCUUAUGGACGAUACCUGGAUUUACAUGAACUGUACAAUCAGUAUAUCAAUUCUAAAUUUGGAGAGCCCAUUGAGUACUCUGCUUAUCUUGAUGUUUUUUCACAACCACAUAAGAUUCCUCGGAAGCUCAAGUCUACAAGGCAGUACAGGGAAUAUCUUGAAAAUCUCGUUCAGUAUCUGGUAUAUUUCUUCCACCGGACAGAGCCAUUGCAAGAUCUUGAUAGAAUAUUCGCAAAGGUUGAAACUGAAUUUGAAGAACAAUGGGCAGAUGGUAAGGUAGAAGAAUGGGAAAAUGCGAUUCAGGAUGGUGAACAUGUUCAAGAUCAGCAGACUGUUAUUGAUCUUGACUAUUUUAGCACAGUGGAAGAACUGGUGGAAUUGGGUCCUGAAAAGCUAAAGGAGGCAUUGGCUUCGUUAGGACUGAAGAUAGGGGGUACCGUUCAGCAACGUGCAGAGAGGCUUUUACUUACAAAGGAUACACCUCUGGAAAAGUUGGACAAGAAGCAUUUUGCCAAAGGGUCACGUGGUUCAGCACAGAAUCGGGCUGCUGUAGCUCCACAGCAAGUUGGCAUGUUAAUAGAAAUUGCUCUCUUGGAAGCCAAAUUGAAAAAACUAAGCGACUUACUGAGUGAGGCUAUUGAACGAACAAAAGACAACAUUGUUAAGAAACAGGCUUUGACAUAUGAAGAAAUUGCAGCAGAACGUGAGGAUGAAGAGACACAGGCUGAUACUGAAAGUGAUGACGAUGAGCAGCAGAUUUAUAAUCCACUCAAAUUGCCAAUGGGUUGGGAUGGGAAGCCCAUACCUUACUGGCUGUAUAAGCUUCAUGGUCUUGGUCAGGAAUUCAAGUGUGAGAUAUGUGGGAAUCAGAGUUACUGGGGGCGUAGAGCUUUUGAGCGGCAUUUUAAGGAAUGGCGCCAUCAGCAUGGAAUGCGUUGCCUUGGCAUACCAAACACCAAGAACUUCAAUGAGAUCACAUCAAUUGAGGAAGCACAAGAAUUGUGGAAGAGGAUACAAGCACGGCAAGGGGUGAACAAGUGGCGCCCAGACCUUGAAGAAGAGUAUGAAGACAGAGAGGGCAACAUCUAUAAUAAAAAGACAUAUACUGAUCUCCAGCGACAGGGACUAAUUUAAGUAUGCAAUUGUUGGGAGGAAUGCUCAAUGUUAGUAUCAGGCGGUAACUGCGAGGGUCAGAAUCGUAGGAUUUGUGUUUUGUAGCCAAGUAUAGGGUCAUAUGUUAUGUAGGGCCCAAGUUUAAGUACAUCAGCCACUCAAAAAUUGUACCAUGAUCAGUCUUUCUUGCUGGAGGGUUCAUGUUGCUUACACCUCACAUGAGACUUUCCAAUUUUCCCGAAAAAAAAAAAGUUGACUUCAUUUGUAUAAUGUGUUUUUUCUUUGCAUUUUGCGCCA